UAUCUUUUUCGAAUUUACUCAGUUCAGUAUCACUCGUCGAUCGAGUGAUCUUCGCCAGCGGCAUCUUACAUCAUGCACCUCUCCACAACCUCAUUAUCCCUUGUGCUCGUCUCCGGCGUAGCGGCAUCACUACCAGGGUUCCAGCCAAGUGUUGGAGGUUACAGUGGUGGCCUUGCUAGUCGAGCCUCCAUAACCGUUACAGAAGGCGGCAAGGAUGGCGGCAAGGUCGUGCAGGAGGAGAAGUUCAGCCGAGCCGACAUCAGCGUUGGCGGCAGUCGGGUAGCUGAAGCAGAAGACAACAAGGCCGUGAAGGAGGGAGAAGAAAAGUUCAAGGGCAAUUUGGGCAUCACCAUCGACCCCAAGACCGGCGCCAGCAAUUCUGGCGGAUCCCUUGGCAUCACCAAAGGCUCCGACGGGAGCUUGUCGGUUGGCGGUAAGAGUGGCAUCAACGUUGGUGCUCCCGCCGAGAAGCAAAGCAAGAAGAACGCUGAAGGUGCCGCCGCAGAAGGCGGCGCUGCCACUCCCGGCAGAGAGGCUGCCGCUCCCGCAGAGGCCGAGAAAAUAGCCGCCGAGCCCGCACAGGAGGGUGGUAAGGAGGCUGCCGCUCCCGCCGCUGGUGCUGGUGCCGAAGCUGGUGCCGGCGCUGCCGCUCCCGCCGCUGGUGCUGGUAAAGAGGGUGCCAAGAAGAGUGGAAAGGAGGCUGCCGCUCCCGCCGCUGGUGCUGGUGCCGAAGCUGGUGGUGGUAAAGAAGGUGCCAAAAAGGGUGGUAAGGAGGCUGCCGCUCCCGCCUCUGGUGCUGGUGCCGAAGCUGGUGGUGCUAAAGAAGGUGCCAAGAAGAGUGGAAAGGAGGCUGCCGCUCCCGCCGCUGGUGCUGGUGCUGGUGCUGAAGCCGGUGCCGGCGCUGCCGAUCCCGCCAAGGGUGAUGGAAAGGGCAAGGGCGGCGGUGGUCUGCAAAGCCUCAAAGACCUGAUCACCUUGCUCACCGGUGGAGGGAAGAAAAAUAAUGCUGCAGGAGAAGGCGCCGCGGCUGAUGGCAAAAAGAAGGCGGGAGAAGGCGCCGCCGCUGGAGGAGGUGCCGCCGCCGAGGGAAAGAAGGCUGGAGAGGGCGCCGCCGCUGGUGACAAGAAGAAGGGUGGAGAAGGCGCCGCUGCUGGAGGUGCCGCCGCUGGUGACAAAAAGGCGGGAGAGGGCGCCGCUGCUGGUGACAAGAAGGCUGGAGAGGGCGCCGCCGCUGGUGACAAGAAGAAGGGUGGAGAGGGCGCCGCCGCUGGUGACAAAAAGGCGGGCGAGGGCGCCAAAGCCGGCGCCGGUGCCGCAGCAGGUGCCGGAGCAGAAGGUGGUAUGAAGGGUGGAGCCGCAGCGGAGGGUGCCAAAGCCGGUGCCGGUGCCAAGGCAGGUGAAGGUGCCAAAGCCGGUGCCGGUGCAGGAGGCGGCAUGAAAGGUGGAGCCGCAGCGGAGGGUGCCAAAGCAGGCGAGGGUGCCAAAGCCGGCGCCGGUGCCGCAGCAGGUGCCGGAGCAGAAGGCGGUAUGAAGGGUGGAGCCGCAGCGGAGGGUGCCAAAGCGGGUGAGGGUGCCAAAGCAGGCGAGGGUGCCAAGGCAGGUGAAGGUGCCAAGGCAGGUGAAGGUGCCAAAGCCGGUGCCGGUGCCGCAGCAGGUGCCGGAGCAGAAGGCGGCAUGAAAGGUGGAACCGCAGCGGAGGGUGCCAAAGCAGGCGAGGGUGCCAAAGCCGGUGCCGGUGCCGCAGCAGGUGCCGGAGCAGAAGGCGGCAUGAAAGGUGGAACCGCAGCGGAGGGUGCCAAAGCAGGCGAGGGUGCCAAAGCCGGUGCCAAAGCCGGUGCCGGCGCAGGUGCCGCAGUAGGUGCCGGUGCCGGAGCUGCGGGCAGCGCUACUAACCCGGGCGGCAAUGUGCUUAUCGCAGGGUUCACGUUCCUGCCCGACGGCAGCGUCGUUUCCCCAGACGGUACCGUUCAAAAAAUGAACUAAAGCCGUUGAGCAGACUACAGAAUGAGAGAAUACGAUUGUGUCGAACACACAGAGUAAAGACCGGUUUCUUGUUUGAGAUCUAUACACAGAGUUCGUUUCGCAUUUGUCAAUAGUUCUAGAGAGAAAACAGGUACACCAGCCCUGAUUGAUUGAAUGCCACACGUUUUGAUGAUUACGAUGGCAAUCGCACGUUUCGUUUUGUU